AUGUCAAAGGAAGGGAAAAAGCCUCGCGAUGAUGAAAUAACAGACUCUGACACCGAAGACGAAUUAAGGCUUGAUGAAGGUACUCAAACACCCUCUCACCAAGGAGAGGAGGAUGCCUCAAGUUCCGAUGUGGAUCAAAAUAUCAAACAGAACGAUCUUGAAGACAAGCUUCUUACUUCUCCAAAACCAAAAAUUGAUGAAGAUGCCAAAGCGUUCUUGGAAUUUACAAAUAUUGUGAGCGAAAGCGCAAACGCACUCAUCAGUAAUGGAGGCUCAUCAUCCAUAUUUUUCAUCAACACCUCUGCAUCAUCCUCGGGCCAUACAUCUCCAUCAUCUGGGUUCAGAAAUCAAGCGCCUCCUCCACCACCCCCAGAUAUGGAUCUUCCAAGUCAAGCCUUUGAAAAUCGAACGACAAAUUCAGCUCAUGAUACAACCUCUGACCGUGCACCUGGCCCUCCUUCAACCAUGAUUAUCCCAGUUCCCUAUAAAACGCCACAAAAAAACAAUGAAGGAAGGUCAGAAGAAGAAAACUCUUCAAAACAAAAGAUCAAAAGAAAUUCAAAACAAAAGAAGAGCAAUGGAGAGCAACAAAAAGAAAGUACUCCGAGAAGUGCAAACCGUAAAACAAAAACUUUCAAAGACGAAACAUUGAAAGCUUCUGGGAUGUCAAACUUUGACGAUCCAAAUUCAAAAAAAAGGAGAGGAAGACCACCAGGGGCAAAAAAAGAGUCCACGAAAUCAACACCAACAAAGAAAUUGAAGGACGACAUUGUUGUUGAUCCAAAUCGAUCCUCCCGUCCUUCUACAUCUCAAGAACAGUUUGGAGGUGUUAAUGAAUCACUUGUAAUGAGGGACCAAUUUGAACCCUCCUCGAAUGCAUUAUUUUACGGAAGCUUGUUCAAUAGAGAGGUGUUGGACAACCUUUUCAUUUACAGAAAAUCGUUUUCAGGUCCGGACAUGUCAUGUUUACACCACAUUGACGAAGUACUUCUACAACAUCUGACUCAAAAAGUUGAAAAUAAGGAAAAAUUAAUUGAUUCUACAGCUUUAUUGUUGGAUUUGGAUAUUACGAUCACAAAGAGAAUGCAUUGA